CGAGUUGGGCCUCUCUUUACCUCUUCCUCUCUGCCAAAACUGAAGCAAGCCUGCGCUGCUGCCUAACCAGCUUGAAAGUUGCCUAGGUCCUACACCCCACUGAAAUGCAAAUAUUUUAUUCACCGCCAAAAUACAGCCGUUCCAGUUGACACAAUGUUCGGUGUGAAAACUCUCCGAACUGUCGGUCCAGCAGUGUGUAGACGUGGUGCCUCUGUGCUGUGGAAGCCAACUAAGACCCAGAGCCGACCCCAAAGCGCGGCGGCGGGACAGAGAGUGGACAUCGGGGGGAUCUACCCGCCCAUAGCCACUCCGUUCACUCAGAAAGAGGACGUGGACUAUCACAAACUGGAUGAAAACCUGCAGAAGUAUGCAAAGAUUCCUUUCAAAGGUCUGGUGGUGCAGGGCUCUAAUGGAGAGUACCCGUACCUGACGGAUGAGGAGAGGGUAGAGGUGGUGAGGAGGGUCAGACUGGCGCUGCCCACAGACAAACUGGUCAUGGCAGGAUCCGGAUGUGAAUCCACCAAAGGUACGGUAGUGAUGACCGAGAGGAUGGCGGGGGCGGGGGCAGACCUGGUUCUUGUGGUAACGCCAUGCUUCUACAAGGGCAAGAUGGACAGCAGGGCGCUGGUUCACCACUUCACACAGGUGGCUGACAGUAGUCCAGUACCAGUAGUUCUGUACAGUGUCCCGGCUAACACAGGUCUUGACCUUCCUGUUGAUGCUGUGGUGAGACUGGCCCAACACCCUAACAUACUGGGACUCAAGGACAGCGGAGGAGACAUCACCAGGAUCGCUCUGAUCGUUCACAAAACGAAGCCGCAGGAUUUUCAGGUUCUGGCGGGUUCCGCUGGGUUCCUUAUGGCGGCGUAUUCCGUGGGUUGUGUGGGCGGUGUGUGUGCGCUUGCCAACGUGCUGGGUCGUGAGGUGUGUGAGCUGGAGCAGCUGUGUAUGUCGGGACGGUGGGAAGAAGCCAGUGCUCUGCAGCGACGCCUCAUAGAGCCCAACACUGCUGUGACCAGGAAGUUUGGCAUUCCCGCUCUCAAGCAGGCGAUGGAGUGGUUUGGUUACCACGGCGGCACCUGUCGCUCUCCUCUUCAACCGCUCUCAGAGGCCGAAUCACAGCAGCUCAGACUGGACUUCUCCACCAACGGCUGGCUCUGAAGGGGACAGGGGGCAGGACUGAGUAGAAGACAGGGGACUGGGCCUCUGCUCCAGGUUGAAGUUGGCAUCAUAGAAUGCGUAGAGGACUUGAUAGUUGAAAGCAAUAAGCAAUCCAGUCCUUUCACCUAUCAGUGGUCAUGCUGCCUUGCUAUAUUCUUGGGACAGACCUCUCCUCUACAAACCUUUCAUCUCCAUGGGAUCACCUGUACAAAUAAAAUACAGAAAUAAACAGACAAAUGAAAAUAAACAGAUUGUUGUAAAGAAAGGAAAA